CCCCUCCGAAGCCCUACGGAUUCGAGGCUACAGCAGCACCGAAUCCGAUACGGGUAACCCAGCCUCAUGUCGAUAUAAGCAAUCUCGGGCGCUAGGCAUCGCGCGUCCUUCUACGAAUAGAAAAGAAGAAAAGGCUUGACAGGGCCUGCUCGCCACAGUCGGAUAUCUAGGCGCUCUCGCCGCGUACUCGCACCAACUAGCCUAGAUCAGUCCCUGGGAUCGCGCGCGUAGCCUACCACGAUGGUCCUCACCCAUACGACCAACCACACCUACGCCCACCCGUUCCCGACCGUCACUCUGGCCUUCUUCCUGCGCUACUAUUCCCCGCACCUCAAUCCCUUCUCGAGCCAUGUCCUCUCUACCGAUACCAUCUCCUCCCACGUCGACCCCGCCACCGGCCGUCUGCACACCACCCGCAUCCACCUGAAGAAGUCCCGCAUACCUACUGCCGUAGUGAAGCUGCUGCCGGCUAGCGUCACCGGCGGCGGCGGCGACAAGUCCAGCUAUGUCCUCGAGACGAGCGUCAUCGAUAUCAAGGAAGGCUGGAUGAAGACCGAGAGCCGCAACUUGAACUUCACUGGCGUCCUGAGCGUUGUCGAGCAGCAGCAAUACUCGGCCACCCCUGCCGACCAGCCCGCUUCUCCGACGCCGCCGCGAGGAACCGCCUCCGUCGGCGCGCACCUGCGACCGCUCUCGCCGAAUACCUUCGUCACCACCACGCUGUCCUACCACUCGAUGCUGGGCGGCCGACGACACGACAAGCCAGACAUUGUCGCUAGCCAUGCCGCCGCCGCCACUGCCACCCCUGAUAAUGGUAGCCCGCGCCGGAUCGGCGAUUGGAUCUCCGGCUGGGGCGCCCGACGCAUCCAGCGCAGCAUCGAGUCCAUCGCAUCCACCAAGACUGACGACCAAAUGGUCAAGUCGCGCGACGGCAUGCGCAUCGUCCUCGAGCGGUUGCGCAACAACGGCGUCGUCGCCGUGCUCCGCGAGCUCAGGCGCCGCGAGGGUAAGGCGGGAGUCUUCGACCAGUCGUCCCCUUGAGUAUCGGGUCUAAGCUCUCCUCCCCCCCUCCCGUAUUAUGAGAGGGGAGAGCGACACAACGAAAAGAAAAAAAAGAAACCCAAAAUCAAAAUCGAAGACGACAAAAAACACUGUAUAAUG